AAAACACCUGUUGCCACGGAGCGAGUGGACUAAGACGAGUUAGUGUCUUCUACUCACCUGACUGCUCUCCACACACCCACACCUCCCGCAGUCCGGUGGGACCAUGUGGGUUCUGGAUAAGAUCCGCGGCUCGGUGGAGACCAGCGUGCUGCGUCAGGGCGAUAACGCAGAUAGGAGAGGCGUCCCCUACAGCAACGUCCUCACCCCGGACCAGAUCCCGGACUUCUUCAUUCCUCCGAAGCUGGUCAGCGGCGCCCCGGAGCCAGAGCUUCUUCAAGUGAAACCCAAAGAGACUCUUCAACCUUCAGCCGCGUUGGAGCUGAGUAACGGCAGCGGCAGGAAGAUCAGCAGCCCGAGGAGUCCCCGCCUGGUGGCCAAGAUCACCGGCGACACCAAGAACCUUCUGCGAGCCGCGAACCGUCACAUCAUCCAGAUCGAGAGCGCGGACGAUGUUGGCGACACCAACGCAGACCCUCAGUCGCAAACCGCCAUGUCCCUGCCUUACGUUCCCAAGACUCAAACGCCGUACGGUUUCACGACGUUGAAGGAAAGCCCUCACACUCGCCGUAAAGAGUCGCUUUUCCACUGCGAGCUCAGCAGCCCCAUCUCCUCCCCGAACACCCAGAGGAGGACCCACGGGAGAAGCAGCGAUGCGGGGAACCAUCUCAACCCCGCCGACUGCAACAGCUCCCACAUGAACCCGUACCGCUACUUCAGCGGAGGCGAGAGCGACACCUGCUCCUCGGCAGAGUCCUCGCCCUUCAGCUCUCCGUUGCUUUCCCGCUCGGCCUCGCUGCUCAAGAUCUUCACGCAGGAGACCCAGGCCAAAGUCGUGAAGGUCAAGCGGACGUUCGCUCGCCACAGCUCCCUCUCCACUGAUGAGUGCAGCUCGGCAGAACCAAGCCCCAACGUCCAGCGGCGGCUCCACGGUCCUUCCUUCGGUGGGGCUGGGCUGUCGGACCACCAUCGGGAACACACCGUCAACCUGCACAAAGGUGGGACCAUGAAGAUCAGCGCCAACUACGACGCCAGCACCUCCCGCCUGCUGAUCCGCGUUCUGGCCGCGGAGAGUCUCUACGACAAGCACUUUGACAUCAAGAGCAUCAACUGCUGCGUGUCCGUGUACCUGAACCCGGGCAAGAUGCAGAAGCAGAGGAGCAACAUCAUCAAGAACAGCCGCAACCCGGUGUUCAACGAGGACUUCUUCUUCGACUCCAUCAGCGCCGUGCAGGUGAAGAAGCUGUCGGUGAAGUUCAAGGUGGUGAACAAAGGCACGAGUCUGAAGAGGGACAACCUGCUGGGGGAGCGAGAGGUGCUCCUGACCAAGCUGCUCUCCGGGGUGUAAAGCACCUGGAGGUCAGAGGGGAGACACACACACACACACACACACACACACACACGGAUUGAACGAUAAAUUAGAUGUCUGCACUGGUUUCUACUCAUACUACUGUUUUUAUUCCACUAUGUGUAAACAGAGUGGACUUUACGAUGAAGAAGGAAGUAUUGAAAUCAUCAAAGGAAACUCUUGAUGUAAGGAUUUAUGGUGUUGGACGCUUCCCUGGUUCCUUCUGCUCAUUAAACCCAGCCUGGCUCGACAGCAGCAGAUGAAUUUCACAGAUGAAAGCAUGUUUUUUCUUCUUGUGGACAACCCUCUAGCCCACUCCCUCGACUGGUUCAAAGGUUGCACAACCCCUGUGCAUCCAUCGCUGCCCUGCACUACUGCGUGCCUCGUGGUUUUUAUCAUUCUAACGGGACAUAAAUCCAAAGCAGCGCAGGAUGUGAAGCUACACCAUCUGCACGGCGUGUUCGGCACAAAGAUGCUUUUGUGAAUCAGAGCUUUGAAGUGGCACUACAUCCUGAUGUGCAAAUGAACCUUUGAUCCCAGUCCUCCUGCAUGGGUGGGCGUCAGACAAACAAUAGGCACAUUUACAUGCAGAUCUGAAAAAUGAUUAUAAUGCAAAGCCCUAAUUGGCACAAUCUGUCAGUAUAGAUAUUAACGGGACGAAGAGUUCCAGGAAAUGUCUAGGUUUUGCCUGUUAUUUUACUAAAGCGUUAAAGUAAAGGUGCCCGAAAACACACGCCAGUAGUUUUAACUUAAAUGAAUUGUGUGAAUCCUUGAGGUGUAACUUAUUUAAGUUCAAAUCCUGCAUUGUUUACUUCCUAGUUUGCUUUGAAGCGAUCGUCUCCUGGACAGCAUCUGCGGGUGCUUACGCAUACGCUUUUCAUUUAGCAGAACAUUGAAAAACCAAUGGGGUUGCCAAUUGAAAAUAAGAAAUGCACCUACUAUGUUUAUUUUUCUUCAAACCUGCGCAGGAUUGUUUUACCCGUUUUAUUACAAGCAAAAUAAAAAUAAGAGGUUGCUACCCGUGCAACAUUCAAAGGCUCGUUUAGAAACGAGCUAAUUUCUAUUGGAAACAGGUCCAAAUAUUCUUACCCUUGCCCUUUGUAUUUUCUAUAAAAUGUAGGCUUUCAAAACUCAUUGUCCAGAAUAAGUUCAGGCUGGAGGAAUCUGGAGCUGAAAGGAAGAACACAUGAUAAACGUUCCCUCAUUUCAAUUUCAGUUUGGCUGAUGAGGUCUUUGGAGCCUUUUGAGGAACCUGUGAGCACGAUCCACUGCAGCCUGUCACGAAGGCCUCAUUCAUUGUGGGCACCUUGAUUAAAUCUCGUGCAACCAGGCAACGAGCUCUCGCCUCGUCUUCACUCUGCAUUCAGACCGGUUCCAUAACGCCGUCUUAUUCUGCACAGACUCACAGUCCAAGAUGAUUACUUUAGUUGUUUUCCUUUUUUUCAGGCAGUCACGCAGCCUCAGUUAAAUCUGCCUCUCCAACCUUCUUCUCUAAAGCACUUCACAUAUUUCCAGUUGUUGGAUAAUUUUGAUCUCAAUGGGACAAGAAAUUAGCUGAUUAAAAAGCUACUCUUGUCUGUCAUGUCAAGCGAAUUUAACAGUCGGCCAUUUAUGCAACCAGUGCCGCUGCCUUAGUCCCAGUAUUGGCAGAUACAGUACUUGUGUGCAUGUAAAUGUAUUAAAUGUCUCAUAUGAGAAUAACAGAGCACUGUAGUAACAGUUGCAUGGCACAAAUGUCACUGACAUACUGGUGUUUGCAUGAAAUGCUCAAAGUUUUAUGAAACCCUAAAGCCUUACGAUGUAUAUGUGUGUGUGAAGAUGAGAGAAAGUGUGUGUGCUUUGAUUAGCAUGACAUUUUGUCCUAUGUUUUCUAUGUACGACAUGUUUUGUAAAAUGCUUUGGUUGGAUUUGUACUGUACAUAUAUCUACCUAAUGUACUAGUUUCUACGAUUGUCAGCCAAUUAUGCACCAGCGAGUGAGCAGUGAUGAUGAGAGGCAUUUUAAUUACGCCUGUUUGAACUUUAAUUACGCCCAAGGGGAAGAGGUAGAAAUGUCAAGAGUCAAAUAAGGAAAACAAGGUAGCGUGGAAGACAAUAUUGAGUGUUUUGAUGUAAAAAGCAGCUCUUUGGAUUAUGAGAGAGACAUCACAGAGAUGCAAAUUACUGAGGCCUCACACACAAAGAGCCUUUCUCUCACCUGGUGAUUGUAGCUCCCUUGUAGCACUGUUGUUGAUAUGCUCUCUCUAUAUAUUCGUUAUACACAGUGAAACUGCUGGUCGGCUUUGUUUUGGUGUGAAAGUCAGUGAUCUGUUGCCUGCUCGUACAGUUAUAGCAUGACUAACAUACUUCAGUAGUGUCAGUGGUGACUUUCAGUGGAUUCAUAUCGUGCAGUGGUGAGUCCAAUGUGCUCUGAUUCUAGAUGAAGAUUUACUGCUGACACAAAUGUUUUUUACACCUGAAAUAUUGUUGAUUCAAGUUGAGUUCUGUUUUGUAUUAUUAGAAACAAUUGCUUAUGUGGCUUAUCAUUUAAUAGAAUGGAAAUGCAGAGGGGAAAACAAUAAACAGUAAUCUGAUUACCUCUGCUUACAUAUCUGAAGUCAUAUUAGGAGGUUAUAUCAGCGUUACACGUACAAUGCGUUUCAAUCACAAUGAAGACUGACAGAUGGAAAAAAGGGACUCUAUUCUGCUCAUUUUCAGGUUCAUAUUUGUAUUUAGUGUCUCGACUGUGACAUGUUUC